AUGAUCACGUUUGCUGAGAUUCCGACGGUUCGACAAUCACUAUUAGGUACUGGAUUCGCUCUGACUGUCCUUGAGAGUCAUGUUUAAGUUCUCCGGUAUAUGCGAACCGCUUCAACAACUGAUCUGCACUUAACCGUUUUCCACCCCUGUAAUUACAACCGAGGGUACCCUCGAUGCAACUGAACGCGAGUAUCCAGAUAGAUGCUGAUGGCGUGCUGGUUUUUUUGUGACAAUAUUUUUUGACUUCUGCAACGACUAACUUUAGUGUUUUCAAGUUUUGCGUCACGCUUUGUCACCGCAUAUGCGGAGCAGUGGUUACAUAUGUUUGGCAACGAAAAAGCGGAUUCAGAAGGCCGGAAGUCACUCCCAAAAAUCAGAAUAUCGGGUUUAUAGUAAAAUCUCAACAGAGAGCUACGGCAUUUGGAGCAAGAGGCACGUCAAGAUUUGGAAGUGUGAAAGUUUCAGAUUGCAUUUUUAUCUGAUUAUACCAUAUGAAUUAGUUAACAGCACACACGAGACUAACUGGGAAAUUAUAAACUAGCUUUUUUACUCGAUCCGACCACUAGCAGUAUCGCAGUUUUCGGGCUAAGAUGUGAAGAUCCCUAACCAAGUCCAAUAAUUUAAGCAAGUAGUUCCUUUUCGUUAUUCUGUCAUUUGGGCUCGAGUCUAAUUAGACCGAGUCAUCUUAUAAGAUAACUCUGAAAUGGGAAAGAUGAGAAGGACUCCAAGGUCUCAUGACGUUCGACAUCAUCAGCAAUGUGCAUGAUGCUGUGGAAGUUGUAGACCAUGUGCUCCUGCCCAUACCAGGAUGCGAAUUUACUGGUAAAGAGUUUUAAUAAAUGCCUAGCGUAGCCUAUGUUUGACAUGUAAGCGUCCGAUGAGGCCAGCAAUCUUAUAACCGUAAACAGGAGGAGAAAACCUCUAAAGUGCCCUGUCGGUAGAAUUUUCUUCAGGAAAAUUAUUCCAGUGUACAGCAAAAAUUGUCUGUACCCUGUGCCCUUCCAGGAGUCAAGGUCGGUUAGACUUCUGCAACUUUGAGUCAACCCUCGUAGCCUACUAUUAACUAUUUAAACUUUCGAUGAACGCAGUGUGUACAAAUGUGUCUGACAAGUCACCCACAAACGGAUUAGCUUCCUCACCACACCUAAAUAUACAAGGUGCAGUGGAUCUAGAGCUAAAUUAGACACCCAACCCAAUUUACAGCGGAUAAAUGGCGACGGCCCUACUAUAUGCUGAUUACUUUCCUCUCCUCUAAAAUCAUCAUCCUACCUCUCCUCUCCUUAAGGUAAACGACUUUUCCUACGUGUGUUCUGACGGUUGUACAACGCUCACAGCCGCCAUAUGCAUUGACUUCCUUAAUCUGUUUGACGAAGGCCCGCGUGGGUGCAUCACAAAUAACACUAGCUAUGCGGACUCGCAUCCUGCCAGGGCGAUUACUGAAUUGCAAUCCUUCUUCUCGAAGGACAAAUAUUUCGUCUAUCAGGUCUUUACAAAACACUUCUACGUUUGGCGGCUUUCCGUCCCCACAGUACAUGGAAAUGGCAAAUACGUUACUAACAAAUAGCUUCAUGAUACCACCUAGAAUGGGCCACAGUUCAGCCCUCGUCUUGCGGUAAAGAGGCAAACCAUCUAUAGUUAGAUUCACAAAUAUCUCUUCAUUGCCUGCGACUACGAAUUCACUAUCAACUUACCUGCGCAGUUGCUUCUGCAGCCCAACAUGAAUGUACUCCCCACAACCCAUGGGGACUACUUGCAAGUUAUACGAUGCCCCCAAAAGUGUGCGAGGGUCUUCGGGCAACUCUGGGACUGCCAUCCGCACUAUGUCAAACGGACUUCGCAAAUGACAGUGCGCAAUAUUGCACUGCAAAGCCCAAUCACGCGGUCUUGCCCUCAUGCGUUCACCCAGUGGCGCGUCAUUAUGGAUGACAGUGUCCGCCCAAGCAAUACAGUCUGCAGACGCGAAGUCACCUAACAAUGACUUUGGUGGGCUAAGAAUCCAACUGACAACGUCCACUGAGUUACCAGCGGACGACCCCCGGUCUGAACAGUCGGCUCGAUAAUGUUUGCUACCGCCAAAAAGCAGACCCACUUCUGCGUCUAUUUCUCUUGACAUUUCCUCGAUCUUCUUCACAUGCCGCCUGAUAGUGCGUUUACAUUUGUACAUGAACAUUUCAACAUUUGAACAGAUGCGUUAAUAAAUCAAGUAAGGAUAUAACAGAGGGAAGAAGAGAGCACUUGAUAGUACACGCCGCACGCGAUACGCAAGCAAUAAUGGCGACGAGCAUGCUCGUGGGAUCAUUGAGAACUCAAACAUGCCAGCCAAUGUUUGCGGGAAACCGACAAACUCACCAUCCAGUCCAGUGAGGAAAUAGCCCAGUCGUGACAUUUCCGCGAUAAGAGUGCAUCAGGGAGCUAUUCAAUGCUUCUAGUGUCGGAUGGUGUGGCAGUCAUGUCGCAUCUUUUCAGACGGGGUACAGAUAUGAGGCACAUCUUCAACGUUCUCGGCGAUGCAACAGACAGACUUACCAGAAGUUCGGAGUUUUUGAAUCUUACCUAGGUAAUAAAAGCUGAUUUACCAACUUCGUUACAUACCCGGCAAUUUGUUUUCUAGUUUAUCGAAACAUUGUAAACUUCUUUGUGUGAAUGAUAGGGAAACAAGCCGAACGUUUUCAUUGGAAACGGACACAAUUUUGAGUCAAUGGGACCUCGAAAAGAACCUAAUGCGCAUAUUCGAGAUUCUUGGGCUUCACUUCUUAUAAGUGCUAAAUCUACUCAUAAAGCCCUUACACUGUCUUUACAAGGGGAUAACCACUCAGGGUGAGGGCCCAGUAAAACUGGUGAGAGACUCCAUUAACUUUUGUGAGGAAUAGGUUUUACUUUUUACUAGACCUGAUGAUUCCAGGCGUGAACUUCCUGGACAGUAUGAAUGGCAGCAAGCACAUUAACUCGGAAUCUUGGCAUGUAGGGGAGUGCAAAUAAUUUACAUUCAUGCACUGCUUAUAAGAUUGUAAUACAUAUUGCCUCGUGUAGAUGACUAAAGCGAAACGUCGCCCUUCGAGCGAUAGUUGUAUUCCGUCGGAUUUUGCACAAUCUCUCUCAGUCCGAUUUAUUUUCCACCAGGCAGCGCCACUUGUGCGGGGUAAAUCAUGCUGCUGUAUUCGAUAUCCCAGCGACUGGCCUGGACGGACUGCCAUUACCGACGUGCGUUCUUUUCCAUGACGAUCGCGCUUUGUAUAGGAGAUGUAGUCACAUGAGUUCCCACCUUGGUUCCGUGGUCCUUUGGAGAUAAUUUUUUUACCUGCAAACGACGGAGAACGGCCGGUCUACUAGGGUUUAUACCCCUCAUGGUCGCCAGUUGAUUUAUCAAAUAUGUAUGCCGUUCAGUCAUUUAAAUAUCUUAAUAGUUGCAAUUUUGGCGCUCUCAGGAAGACCAGCUAUUUUUAUGGUACGUAGUCCACUCCCGAAACCCUCUUAUUUUUGUUUAGAACUUAAACAUUUUUACUUUUCAAAUUGAAGUCGCCUUAGGUAAAUGCUUUCUGCUUUUAGGGGAUGUGGCCCCCCAGAACAAGCCGGACUUGGUACAGCGACUCAGUCUUAUUCAAAAGGACAUCGUCAAACUGCAGGUUGAUGCAAUCGUAAACGCGGCCAAUGAAAGUUUACUCGGUGGUGGUGGCGUCGAUGGCUGCAUUCACCGGGCAGCUGGUCCAGAACUACUAGCCGAGUGUAGAACUUUACACGGAUGCGCCCCAGGGUCGUCAGUUAUCACCAAGGGCUACAAACUACCGGCUUCUCGUUAG